AUGAGCCAAAUGAAGGGCUUCCCAGAUGCCUUCAUGUUGGAAGUUCGGGAGAUGAGAGGGAGGCGUGCGGUGCUGGCCCUGGGCGCGUUCUCUGUGGUGCCCAUGCUCCUCUCUCUGGUACUCCUCGGUCUGCUCUCCAGGAAUCGGCCUCUGCAGGGUCUAUCUGUCCCGAUGCCUGGGGUCCUGUACAGGAGCAAACGGUGGCGUGAACCGCGUUGGUGCCACCCGGAAGGUCUGCAUCUCUUGGAUCGCCCGGGAAUAGUCACGGCACUCGCUUCCUUUCCGGGAUCCGGAAACACCUGGCUACGAUAUCUCCUUCAGCAGGCGACAGGUUAUAUGACGGGAAGUGUGUACUCAACUGACAUGUAUCUACGCGACCACGGCUUCCCGGGCGAGGGGAUCCAAAACGGGUCUGUCUCCGUGGUGAAGACCCACGAAGGGGAUUGGGACGGUUUUGACCGGGCCCUGCUGCUGAUCCGGGAUCCGGGACCGGCCAUCCAGGCCGAGUUCAACCGGCGCUACGCCGGACACCUCAGACGCGCGCCGGAAGAAGCGUUCCGGCGCCAGGACGGGCGAGGUCAGUCCAAUAUGUACAUCUUGAGAAAGGUCAAUCGAACUCAGUAA